CAUAAUCUAAUCUAAUCCCAUCCUGACGUGACAGCACGGGACCAUCAUAAUUUGUUUCCUCCUACCACAAAGGCCUAACCACGUGUCUAGUGAUGGCAAUUUCAACCCGCCCGCGAGUAUUACUCGAUCUGACCCGCGAUGGGGCGGGUAUUACCCGACCCACAGUAGCGUGGGGUGGGGCAUGAAUAUCUAUUUCCGACCCGCCCUGCCCCGUCCCGCCCCGUUCUAGACCCAUUUUAUCUUAAUUUCUUACAAUAUCUAUACAUAUUUCUCCUAUUUUGACUUUUCUUCAACUAGUUAGAGUCGAUCUUUCAACUUGUUAUGCUCAAUUAUCCACUCUUUUAUCAAUGUUUUUCAUUCUUAAAGUGUUUUUCCCUAAGUUUUAUUGUAAAAAGUAAAAUUUACUUGUAUUUUUUUUGAACAACAUGUAAGAGUUGGUCGACCCGCCCCGCCCCAUACCCGCGCGGGUUUUACCCGUCCCGACUCGUAGUAGCAUGGGGCGGGCAUGGGAAUUGAUAUACCCGCCCCAUUGCCAUCACUAGAGGUGGCAAAUGGAUUGGAUUGGUGGAUUGAUGGAUGUAUUGGUGGAUCCAUGGAUCAAGUGGAUUGGUGGAUUAUCCAUGAAUUCAAAUGACAUCCUCAACCAAGGAGCAAUAUGUAAAAUGUAAAAAGUUUAGGUACUAAAAUGUCAUAAUGAAAUUUUUUAGGUACCAAAACGUAAUUUUCCAAUGGUAUUUUUCGUAUAAAAAAUUAAAUUUUAGGUACCAAAAUGUAAAAAAUAAAAAUUAUAGGUACUAAAACGUAAUUUGCCAAUGAUCCAUGGAUCCAAUCCAUGAAUCCACCAAUCCAAUUGGAUUUGGAUUAAAUGGAUUGGAUUUAAAUGGAUUGGAUUAGGUAGAUAUUUUUAAUGAAUUGAUGAAUUGGAUUGGUGGAUUGGAUUGAAAUUGCCACCUAUAGCCAUCACUACACGUGUCCCCACCAAGUGGCCCUAGAAGUAAAAUUGCUUCCUUACUCCGUCCUUACCAACAACUGGAGAAAAUGACCCAAAUCAAACGCGAGCCACAGAAAUCGCUCGCAUCUCUCCAACACGAGUAAACCUGCUCUAUCUGCGUGAAAACUGAAAACGUUAAACUAAAGAAUCCGCUACUUCUCUGCAAUGAAAUCCAAUCUAAUCCAUUGAAUCUUUUCCGCCUCGCUCGCUGUUUUGCAGCUGGUCCAUGAUCGAAGUCCGACACUACUAUUGCUCGCAGCAAUGUCGCUUUCUCCUACUCCGCAGGCUCCUUCUCAACAUCUCAUCUUCGUCUCUCGCUCCUCACUACUCUCGCCGCAACCGCCUUCGCUCCUCAUCCAGCAACAGAUUCCCCCCGCGCUGCUGGUUUCUUUAGGUAUCAAGGUCUCCUCCAGAGUAAGAUGUUUGACCAAGUCAACCCAGCCGGGGACUCUGUUUCCAGACGGUGGCGACGAUCCGGUGGUAGCAGCAGAGGAGGAGCCCAAACAGGAGAGACUUCCACCGCCGGCGCCGUCGUAUGGCGACGCUCUCUCGCUCGGUAUUCGCGAGCCGGUGUAUGAGGUUGUGGAAGUGAAGGCCGGCGGGAUGGUGUCUACCAGGAAGAUUAGCAGGCGUCACUUGCUGAAAUCCAGCGGUCUUCGUCCCCGGGACAUUCGUAGUGUUGAUCCAUCCCUGUUCCUGACCAACUCAAUGCCAUCUUUGCUGGUGCGGGAGCAUGCUAUAUUGCUGAACUUGGGUUCUCUGCGAGCGAUCGCAAUGCAAGAAUGCGUCCUCAUAUUUGACUAUAAUACGCGAGGUGGGAAGGCAUUUCUAGAUACAUUGUUGCCGCGAUUAAAUCCUAGAGGCAUGAAUGGAGGGCCGUGCAUGCCAUUUGAGCUAGAGGUGGUUGAAGCAGCAUUGCUCUCACGAGUACAGCGGUUGGAGCAGAGGCUUAUGCAAGUUGAACCCCGUGUUCAAGCUCUACUUGAAGUACUUCCAAACCGCUUAACAGCUAAUAUAUUGGAGGAGCUACGGAUCAGCAAGCAAAAUUUGGUCGAGUUAGGUUCUCGAGCAGGAGCUCUUAGACAAAUGUUGCUUGAUCUGUUGGAGGACACUCAUGAAAUUCGGCGUAUGUGUAUCAUGGGAAGAAAUUGCACUCUUAAAAAGGGGAAUGAUGAUAUGGAAUGCCCUGUCCCUUUAGAGAAGCAGAUUGCCGAGGAGGAGGAGGAAGAAAUUGAGAUGCUACUGGAGAAUUAUCUUCAAAGAUGUGAAUCUUGUCAUGGACAGGCAGAACGACUUCUCGACUCGGCAAAAGAAAUGGAAGAUUCAAUUGCUGUUCACUUGAGCUCACGGAGGCUUGAAGUGAGCAGAGUGGAGUUACUACUCCAGGUUGGAACGUUUUGUGUGGGAGUUGGCGCUCUCGUUGCAGGCAUUUUUGGAAUGAACUUAAAAUCUUACCUGGAAGAGCAUGUGGCUGCGUUUUGGCUAACAACAGGUGGAAUAGUAUUCGGCGCUGUCGUGGCUUUCUUCCUCAUGUACACCUAUCUCCGGACUAAGAAAAUUCUGUAAACACUGACUCAGCAUUUUCGGGAGCUUUUGGUAAAUAUCGUUGCUUUAUGUAUUCUGACAACUUAAUUACUGCUGGUAAUUUCCAUGACUUGACUCUAUUCACAUACCUGCAGCAUCCUAUAGACUUGUAGGCAGAACCUGGUGUUGCUUCUGCUGCUCGUACGUAGACUCCUAUUGCUGCUGCUGCUGCUGCUGCUGCAACUGUUAUAGAAGAUCAGCACCAGAGAUCCUUGAAGGAAAGAGAAGAUAAAAUAGUUGGUCGAAUUUGAUGGCAACAAGUUUUAAGAGGACCUCCAAUGGCUUCAGCCUUCUGCAGGAGUCGGGCUAUGAUAUAGUGUCAUAAGUUGUGUGAAGCUAUUCGUUCGAACACUACAUUCUCAGCCACGACCUUAGAAAUGUUGCGGCAAUCUCCAUCAUGCAGUCAUGUUUACCUGGUGACGUGUAUUGUCGAUUAACGCGAACAUAAUUACCAUCCCUUAGCAUGUAUGAAAGAACUUGGUGAAACAAUAAAUCAAAUUGAGUGUA